AGGGGACCAAGAGAUGGGGGAGGGGGGGAGUCACAGGAAUUGGACUGUAAAUGAGAGCGAAAGAGCCAAGCAGGGUGGCAGACCCGACUGUCGGUCUGGUGAGUAUGUUUCAGGAGCACAGAGACCAGGGGCGUAUUUCGUUCUUGUGGACCUAGAGAGUAGCCUGUGUUUUUACCGGAUGGGCUUGGACAUGUGUUUUGCAAGAGUAGGGAAACUCAGUUUCUAACUUUCAUAGUCCAGCACUUUCAUAGUUUUGUUUUCGUGGAAAUGGUGGGUAUUGCAUCACUAUAGCAUUUGAUGUAACAGUUGCCUGCCACCACAUUGUGUUGUAUCGUGGUGGUUUGCGGGUUGCCGUGAUGCUGGAAGCUAUGCCAUGUGUAUUUUAAAUACCAGCAGGGUCACUAAUGGUGGGCAGGUUUUGUGGAGCUUCCAGACCAAGACAGAUGAGGAAGAAUUUCCUGGCCAUCUGCUUCUGAAAAUUAGCCAUUGAAAACCUUAUGGAUCACAACAGAACAUUGUCUGAUUUGCUUGCCUUGGACACGUCAUCAGAUGGGAACAAAUGCUGGAGGGGUAUAGAUCAUGUUUGGUAAAGUAGAGGGCCAGUGAGAGCGUAGGGGACCUUUGGUGAGAUGGAUUGACAAAAUAGUUGCAGUCAUAGACUCAAAAAUGCUGGCGAUCUCAGGAAGAUGCAGCACUGAGCAUCGUUUUGUUCUGUUGUAAGUAAGGUCACGGUGAGUCAGAAUAGUACAGGAACAAAUUUUGAAGACCCCUGGUCUAGUUCACAAAGGAGCCCCAGUGGCGCGGUGGUUAACAACUCAACUGCUAACAAAAAGGUCGGCAGUUGGAAUCCACCAGCUGCUCCGUGGAAACCCUGUGGGGCAGUUCUGCUCUGUCUUAUGGGGUCGCUAGGAGUUGGAAUCGACUCGAUGGCAGUGGGUUUUUGUAAGUUUAUGUGGAAAAGGAGACUAUAAAAUAAUACUUCACACAAUAGGCUCUAUUCUUAUGAAACUUAAUUGAAGGCAUCUUUCAUGCAGAAAACAUAACUGGCAGAUUUAUAGAAAGGUUUAGCUACUCAAAGUAUAAUAUAUAAUCGAUUACCAUUACUGUGGGAAGCUGGGGAGUCCUUACUCUCUGUCAUCAUGAUCUUCUCCAGUACAUCUCAUGUCGCCCUCAAAGCAAACCUUGAGUCGAACAUUCUCACAUUUGUAUAUUUACAUUUGUAAACGGUGAUUUAAGGAAGAGUUACUUUAAAAAGACAUUUGUAGUUUUCCUAUCAGGUAUGGGACUACCCCCCACUGGAAUAUUACUAUCUCUAACGUUCUAUUGUUUCUCCUAAUGAUUUAAACACUAUUUAAAACAGUUGUAAUAAUAGAUAUAUGUUCUUUUUUUUUUUCAGGUUGCAGAAAUUUUAUUCCAAACUGCCCAAAAUGCCGAGAUCAGUUUUGACACCGUGUGUGGAGUGCCUUACACAGCUUUGCCCAUGGCUACAGUUAUCUGUUCCACCAACCAAAUUCCAAUGCUUAUUAGAAGGAAAGAAAGCAAGGAUUAUGGUACGAAGCGUCUUGUAGAAGGCGCCGUUAAUCCAGGUGAAACCUGUUUGAUUAUUGAAGAUGUCAUUACCAGUGGAUCUAGUGUUUUGGAAACUGUUGAGGUUCUUCAGAAGGAGGGCUUGAAGGUCACGGAUGCCAUAGUGCUGCUGGACAGAGAGCAGGGAGGCAAGGAAAUGUUGGAGGCACACGGGAUUCAUCUCCACUCAGUGUGUACAUUGUCCAAAAUGCUGGAGAUUCUUGAGCAGCAGAAAAAAAUUGAUGCUGAGAUGGUCAGGAGAGUGAAGAAAUUUAUUCAGGAGAAUGUUUUUGUGGCUGCUAAUCCUAAUAGUUCUCUCUCUUCUGUAACGAAAGCACCCGGAGAACUCAGCUUUGGUGCCCGGGCAGAGCUGCCCAGGAUCCACACAGUUGCAUCGAAGCUUCUCAGGCUUAUGCAAAAGAAGGAGACCAAUCUCUGUCUGUCUGCUGAUGUUUCAGAGGCCAGCGAGCUGUUGCAGCUAGCAGAUGCUUUAGGACCCAGCAUCUGCAUGCUCAAGACUCAUGUAGAUACUUUGAAUGAUUUUACUCUGGAUGUAAUGAAGGAGUUGACAACUCUGGCAAAACGUCAUGAGUUCUUAAUAUUUGAAGACCGGAAAUUUGCAGAUAUUGGAAAUACAGUAAAAAGGCAGUAUGAAGGUGGUGUCUUUAAAAUAGCUUCCUGGGCAGAUCUAGUAAAUGCUCACGUGGUGCCAGGCCCAGGAGUUGUGAAAGGCCUGAGAGAGGUGGGCCUGCCUUUGCAUCGGGGUUGCCUGCUAAUUGCAGAAAUGAGCUCCGCUGGCUCCUUAGCCACUGGGAGCUACACUAAAGCAGCGGUUAGAAUGGCCAAGGAGCAUUCUGAAUUUGUGGUGGGUUUUAUCUCUGGCAGCCGAGUAAGCAUGGAACCAGAAUUUCUUCACUUGACUCCAGGAGUUCAGUUAGAAGCAGGAGGGGAUAAUCUUGGCCAGCAGUACAACAGCCCGCAAGAAGUUAUCGGCAAACAAGGUUCUGAUGUCAUCAUUGUGGGCCGAGGCAUUUUAACAGCACCUAAUCGUCUGGAAGCAGCUGAGUUGUACAGAAAAGCUGCUUGGGAAGCUUAUUUGAGUAGACUUGGCAUCUUCCCCAGCUCCGGCCUGCUCUCAGUGAUCUCUAAAAGGAACAGCUGCUUGGAUCCUAUGUGAAGACGAUUUCAGCACAGCUGAGCCCAACAUCAUUGAAAAUGGCAGUGAGUAACCGCAUGGACUGCGGUUUGCUGCCUCUGCCCCUUACCAUGCUGUCUGAAGGAAUCGGAUAGUAAAAACAUAAAAGCAUGGGAAAAAU